GCUGCAGUCCAAGAGACAUGGAUUGAGGAAUGAUUCGAAGGGUGAUGCCAUCUAAUGACAUCGGAAUUAGCGAGGACUAAGACUGUUUGUGUGUGUUGCCACCCUGUACUGCAUCUGGCCGGUCACGUGAUGUGAAGGUGUGUCUUCUGCUGGGACUGGGUGUCCUGCUCUGUGCGGGGUGUGGGACCUCAGGUAACAAUGGAUGAACUACGAGAGAUAUUCACGGGUUCAUGUAUCAUUUAAUUCUGUGGUCAGUAAGGUAGCUAAUCAUGUCUAACUUACAGCUGAACUUUUAUGAAUAUACAGUCACACUAAGUAAUAAAUACAAAUGUUGUCAGAUAUUCAAUGAAGCUGUACAACAACCACGCUCAGAAUUCCCUUUCUUAAAGGAGCUUAAAGCAAUGGCUUUAGGUCCGAGAGACAGACAUACAGACAGAGACAAAUAGACUUAAAUACCCAACAAAAACCGACACAUUACUGAAGAUACCUUUUGUCAAUCUACUUUUUAUUCAUUCUGUAAUAUCCUACAAAACUAUGCUACAUCUACUGAAUUGUCUAUCAGCUGUUAGAGUUCUUUCAUUACAUCAUGCUGCUCAGGAAUCUGAAUAAUAAACUGUAACAACAACAAGGUAGAAAUAUUUGAAGACUCACCUGCUCUCACCUGUGUGAGAAACACACUCAAGACUGUAUGCACGCAUGACCCAUGUUUCUUUUAUGCUAAAAGAGCAUGUCUGUUAUAUGGCGAUAUACACACUAGCACGCGGCACAAAACUUCACAAAAAUCUUUCUCUAAUCACCAAUAUGAACACACACACAAACAGUACAGGGGCACCAACCCAGCUCUUGACUAGUGAUCUCCAGGGUUGCGUGAUACGGGUUUGGUAAAUAUUAAAACACAUGACAUUAAAGAGGUUAAUAGGUCUGCAAGCUCUGAGUUGACAGUAUUGACAAACAACAAUGACUUUAAUGCAGCGAUGGGGACCGUCCGGCCUGUGAAAUCAUUUGUUCUGUGGGGCAAGGUAACCGUGGUAGGAAAUAGAAAUUCGUUAAAUCUUCAAAUCAUGGCUAAACAAAUGCGUGUUAAGUGAGUCAUCAGAAUAAGUUUGGACAUAUUGAGCAAUAUGCAUGUAAGGUUCAUUGUAGGACAAACAGGACACAGAAGAGCACGUGACGGGUGAUACCUGUACGCUUUUAGUUGGUUACCUGUGUCACGUGCUUCAAUGUCUGAGACGGAACGAUCGUCAAGGUAUGGUCUACGCAUGCGCAUCAAUACUAAAAUAUUACCGUCCUGUAUAUCGUCUUGACCGUAACACGAGGUGAGGUCGACAGUUCACAUACGUGUGGUCAUCAGGUGUCGCUGGCAGUGAAGUCAAUGGACAAGGGCUAAAUGAGUGUUAACGAGACGAGACACAAACACGAUUAUAAAGUCUAUCGUCUGCACAAUAAAACAAGGUGCGGACAACAAUUCACAUGCGUAUGUCGAUCAGGUUUCUCUGGCAGUAAAGAAACUGCACAAGGACUAAAUGAGCUUUGUCCAUUUUCUUUGCCGUCAGCAAAACCUGAUCGUCAUACGAAGGUCAACCGUCGUCGACAAUUUGUUUUAUUGUCGAGAUGAUAGACACAGCGAUAAUAAACUCUGUCUCUUACGAAACUUUCCCUGGUUGCUGCCCCUUUCGAGGUCUUGCACGAAAACUACACAAAUAAAGAAAACGCCCAUAAGUAUUCCCGUGAAUAUAUCACACUCUUGUAACAUGUUUGGUCAGCCAUUCACAACACAGCACCAAGGAAAACUUUCAUUUCGCCUGUCCUGGUCAUGCAUACAAACCCCUUAAAAUACUCUUUACUCAUCUGUUAUCUGCUCAAUGUCUCUCAGCAUUGCCUCUUAAGGACGACAAUAUGUCAAAGAAGGAAGAAUUAUUUGCCCAUGUGCUGCUUCAAAUAUUGUACGAUAUGUGAUGUGGACUUUGUCCUUAUUCGUCAUGCGAAAGGAAAAAUAUUUGAUGCCCCAUCUUUAACUGCAAGAAAAUGAACGUAAUAAACAGAUGUGUUUUGAUUAGCUGCUGCGAAAAAAUCUUCAAUUUCUAAUUAUCUACAGCAAUAAAAAUAAAAUGGAUCUCAGAUCGGUUUGCCAGCGCUCGCCCAUCACGUGCAGUAAAUGACUCAUUGGCUGAAGGCUCGGUACAAAUGGUAUUUAAGAAAGUGAGUCCCGACGAUCACCUGUGUGAGACUGUGGCGCCUCCUACGACAUAUGGUGGUUAACAUGUUGACAACAAUGAUUUUACCCUUCAUACUUCUUUAUAUAUCCUCUUGUCUUGAAGCCUUCAACAAAGGAAGUGUCCCCAAAGCACAAGUCAUGCUACAGUUACAAGGCAUGGACUACUCGCUGUUCGGCUACAACAGUCUCAAGGGAUGCCCUCUGACCUCAGGACGUGACCCGGGCUUUACUCUCCCCAUCUUUUCUGCAUGCAGACCACGUGACCUACAAGACACCUUUAUGGAGUAUUCUGAAAGCGGAAUAAAAGGACAUAUUCUCGCCAUUCAAGAUGGAACAAACCUGAAAACAUGCAAGAACCAGUGUGUCAGUACUGAUCAUUGCUUAACCUUUGACUUUAGAGACACAAGGGGGCGCUGUGUGCUUCAUGAUGUGACGUCACGUGAGGCUGUGUCAGGAUGGUUUUUUCUGACCAGUACAGGGUGGACUCACUACCAGAGAACUUGCCUGAAGUCAGCCGCCUCCUACCCGGGUCCAACCUGGUACAACUCGUCUUGUACCCAAGACACGGACUGUCCUGACCCAUUCAGCCUCUGUUCGUCGGCCAGGUGUCUGUGUAAACUGGGCGCCAUUUCUUCUGAACAGGAAGUCACGUGUCGUGCUGCAGAAUCGUGCGGCGAAUGGCAGAAAGCAGGAGCCAAGUCUGGUGCGCACUUCAUUCGACUGAAAGACAAGAACGAGACGAGUAGAGUGUGGUGUGACAUGGACUCCAGUGGCGGAGGUUGGCUGGUGUUCCAGAGACGUCGUGACGGGUCAGUGGACUUCUACAGGAACUGGACUCAGUAUGAAGACGGCUUUGGUGACGUCAGCGGGGAGUUCUGGCUGGGUUUGUCAAAGCUUCACACCCUGACCAAAGGGAGACCCACCCGACUGCGUGUAGACCUCGGCGAGGUGAAUGGACAUCGUCACUACGCUGAGUACACGACAUUCAGGGUGGACGGUCCUGAGACAAACUACACACUGACCGUGUCCGGCUACUCGGGUAACGCGGGGGACAGCUUAGCGUAUCACAACAACCAGAGUUUUACAACGUAUGACAGAGACAAUGACAAGUACUCUGGAAACUGUGCCGCUGUGUAUCAUGGCGCCUGGUGGUACUCGAGCGGGUGUCACCACUCCAACCUCAACGGCCGAUACAAGGCUGACGGGGCUGUGGGUUAUGACGGCCUCAACUGGCGUGACGCCCACAGUGACUGGAGGAGCUUCACCUUCAGCGAGAUGAAAGUACAACCAGUGUAACACCGCCUUGUCUCCUGUACUCUCACUGCUUACACCCUCAGUCUACUCUACACCACACGUGACACUCGUGACGUCACCUCAGUGCAGAUGACUGGUCUCACAACUUGAUGAUGUUGCUAAAUUUUUUUCAAUCUGGUUUUGCUUGCGUAAAUCAAGACGAUUUAAAAGUAAACAAGUGUUAAUUUUCAAUUAUGAAAUAAAAAUAUUUAUUGUGCUUAAAGAUAGCCGAUGGUUUCAUCUUCAAAAUAAUACAAAAGCACAGAGACUGAUUGUAUCAAAUACUGUUGUUUAUUUGUGUCACUGAUGACAACAACAAAAGACUUAAAUUGCAUCAUAGAAAAUUUUGAUAAAGUUCCACUGUGUCCUUGGUUUCCCUGUAUUUAACUGAAAGCUUAGACAGACUUUUGAGAUAAGUAGAAUUUUCAAAUAAACAAAUAUAAUGAUUGUCAAAAGUAAAUUGAUAUUGAUAUAAAAGGAAUUAAAGUUGCAAGCAAUAUUGUUGGUAUUUAUUUACUCAUUUUACUAAAGAACAUAACUCACAACAAACUCAUUGUUACUUCCCGUUAAAAAAAUAUAUUAUCACACCUGUAGUUAAGAUAUCACAUGCAUCAUUAAAUUUUAGGAACCCCGAAAAAUCCCCCCCCCCUUUUUUU